AGUAUCUUCUUCAACCUAUCUUCUUCAACCUAAUUUCAGUUUUCUGGCGGAAAAACAUAAUUAGCAAGUUUGCUUGGGAAACGUGAAUGUUAGAUUAAAAUCUCGUUUCCCAUUCGUUUCCGGGAUGAAUUCAGUUUCAAAUAUGUCUCUAUUCUUCUGAAACGGUUUUGGCGCGUUCCGAAACGCCGGUUUCCCCGUUCCAGGACGUUUCGGAAACGGUUCGUCGUGAUUUUUUUGGCGUUUACGUGCACCGUAGUUAAUUUUUCAUUGGGAAAAAUGUGGUUGAAUUUUGGAAGCUUUAUGAUGAUUUGGGUAUUAUUAAUAUUGCUAUUAUUAAGUGAUAAAAAUAACAAUGUUGAAGGGCUUGGUGUUAAUUGGGGAACACAAGCUAAUCACAAAUUACCUCCAAAUACAGUAGUACAAAUGUUGAAAGAUAAUGGGAUUCAAAAAGUGAAGUUAUUUGAUGCUGAUGAAUCUACUUUGAGUGCUUUUAGUGGUACUAAUAUUGAAGUUAUGGUUGCCAUUCCCAAUGGUGAUUUGGUUGCUAUGCUUGAUUAUAAACGAGCUCGGAAAUGGGUUGAGAAGAAUGUCACCCGUUACCAUUUUAAAGGUGGUGUUAAUAUCAAAUAUGUAGCGGUUGGGAAUGAACCUUUUCUGAAAUCCUACAAUGGCACAUUUGAGAAUGCUACAUUUCCAGCCCUGAAGAAUAUCCAAAACGCUCUGAAUGAAGCUGGGGUAGGGGACACUGUAAAGGCAACUGUGCCUCUAAACGCUGAUGUGUAUGAGUCACCACAAGGAAAUCCUUUACCUUCAGCUGGAAGAUUCAGAGGUGAUGUUGCUGAUCUGAUGACCCAGAUGGUCCAAUUUAUGAGCCAAAACAAUGCUCCUUUCAGUGUGAAUAUCUACCCCUUCCUUAGUCUGUAUGGAAACCCUGGCUUCCCAGUGGAUUAUGCUUUUUUCGAUGGUGGAGCUGUUCCCAUUGCAGACAACGGAAUCCAAUACACUAAUGUUUUUGACGCCAACUUUGACACUUUGGUAUCGGCCUUGAAAGCAGCAGGUUUUGGAGACAUGCCUAUAAUUGUAGGGGAGGUUGGAUGGCCAACGGAUGGUGAUAUUAAUGCUAAUGUUAACAAUGCUAUCAGAUUUUAUCGAGGACUCCUGCCUAGACUUGCAGCUAAUACUGGUACUCCUUUGAGGCCUGGAAAUAUAGACAUGUAUUUGUUUGGACUCCUUGACGAAGAUGCCAAGAGUGUUGCUCCAGGGAGCUUCGAGAGGCAUUGGGGAAUUUUCCGGUAUGACGGACAGCCAAAAUUCCCAAUGGAUCUAUCUGGCCAAAACCGGGAUGUCUAUCUUGUUGGUGCAAAGAAUGUCAAAUAUCUUGAGAAACAAUGGUGUGAAUACAACCCAAAUGCUAAAGAUACGAGUAAGCUCAUGGAUAACAUUAACUUUGCUUGCACUUUUGCUGAUUGUACUCCUCUUGGGUAUGGAUCCUCUUGCCAGAACAUGGAUACCAAUGGGAAUAAUUCGUAUGCGUUUAAUGUCUACUUUCAGACCCAGAAUCAAAAUCUUGAGGCUUGCAACUUCCAAGGCUUGGCUAGAUUAACUAUGCAGAAUAUAUCAACACCAACUUGCAAUUUUCUCGUACAGAUAGCUUCUUCUGGUCUGAGAGUCAGGACUGCUGUACCUGUGGCAUUCUCUCUAAUCACUGCAUCGCUGUAUCUAUUCUUUUACAUUUGAUCUUGUAGAUAUUAGCUUUUAUAAGUUUUCCAUCUUUAUUUAUUCUAAGAUUUUAAUAAUAAUAGAUUAUUUUUUGAUGAUU